AUGGCCGCCUCUCACCGCUUCCUGGUCGCCGCCCUUCUGCUCGCGCUGAGCUGCUUCGCCGCCGCACAGCAGAGUGCCCGCGAUACACUCUCCCUCGCCUCGGCGACCGUGUCCCGCGAGACCGAGUGCACUACUGGCUACUGCGGCCACGCCGCGCCGUGCUGCCCGGGCUACUUCUGCGGCCCCGAAGUUGAGUGCGUCCUCAAGUGCAACCGGCGGCCGUGCGGAGACUGUUGCUACGGAUGGUACUGCAGCGGAAGCCGAUGCACGAACAAGUGCCGCAGGGAUUAUUGCGGGCAUGGCGAGUUUGAGUGCUGCCCAGGGUUCUAUUGCGAGUAUACAGGCAAGUGUUUGAAGAAGUGCUCCAAGGGCAGGUGCGGACGGGGAAGUGGCAAGAAGUGCUGUGAAGGGUGGAGGUGCAAGGGGAAGAGGUGCCGCAGGGUUUGAGUGGGCGGUGCGUGUAGGCUUCGUUUUCUCGUGGCUGCGCGUCGUGUCCUUACGUGGUAGUUUUAGUAUAUGAAAUUGCGUACUUGUCUACUAAAUGUGAGUGGAUGCUCUGGGCAAACAGGGUCUUGCUUCGACAGCCUAGGGAUUGCUCUCGGUCGCGUGUUGCAGGUCAAUGAAGGAACUGGUGAACCGCAAAUUGUUUGGCGGGUGCAACAUGCGGGUUCAGCACGCAUGCAACUGCGGGCUGCUGUCACGAUUCUGCUUGCUUAUCAGUUCGGUCAACAGGUGUAAAGGGCUCCGGUCGCAUGAGGGACGCUCUUACGGUUCAUCUGGAGGCAAAGUUGCGCGUUGACACUGUUCCAGAAAGAAGUUAGAAUACAAGAGCUCUGCCCAUCAAGUCGGGCGUCCAGCAGCUACGGUAUACCGUAGCAUGGUCAGGCUCUCUUCGCAGAAUUGAAUUGUACGCGUGGAAGGGUUUGUCGCUCGGUUGCGAAUUUGCUCAGGUUAUGAAAACUGUAAAGUGUUGGUAGCGUCCCUGACAAUAAUUUUAGUCGUACAUGCCUUGCAUUGUUGUCCAGUCGCAUUAGUUUAUCUGUUGUGGACCAAUGCAGUUGCAGCGUUCAUUGCGUUUCUCAUGUCAGGUUUCUAUUAGGGCGGGUUUGUGCUUAAAGGAACCGCAGCUCGCCUUGCGUGAUUCUAGUCUUUCUCAAGAGCACAGGAACAGAGGGCGUGUCUUAACAGGCUGGUUUUUGCUUUGCCUUGCCCGGUUUUGCCAGGAAUACUUUUAAAUUCUUAACAAAUACCGUAUGCUUCUUAAAAGCCCUUGCUUUUCUUAAACACAUAAAUUAAAACGUAGGAGCCACUCAUAGCACG